AUGAUUGAAUACUAUAAUAGUUGUGUUGUUGAUGGAAAGUCGGGGUUCAACCUCCGAACAGCUAAAGAUAAGCCGGACAUAAGAAACACCAAGUACAAAUCUCCCACAGAUCAUUUGAAUUGUCCGAUAUGUCAACAACCAUUUAUAGAACCUAUGACUACUAUUUGUGGACAUACGUUUUGUCGAGAAUGUAUAAUGGAAUGCUUCAAGAUGACGUCUCCGGGAACCAAUGAAAGUAGUAGUAGCAGCCGAGGGUCUUGUCCAUUAGAUCGUACUCCUAUAGAUUCAGACAAUAGUAACGAUCUAUUCCACACUCCCUUGGUAAUAGCCAAUAUGGUUGAUGAUCUACAGGUUCAUUGCUUGAACAUGGACCGAGGAUGUGUGUGGAUUGGAGCCAGAUGGGAGUUGGAACAUCAUGCUAUGGUUGAUUGUGGGUACACUGGAGUUGUAUGCAAUGGAGUACGACUAGAAAAUAGACACGAGGAACAGAAAGAACCACAUGAUGAAAAUGCUGGUAGAGAUGAUGCUAAAGAUGAUGAUGUAUCUGGAGAAGAUGAACAAAUAGAACAAGAACUGUCCGACUCUGAAAUACAAGAUGAGAUUCAAGUUAUGACUGAAGAAUUGAGUCAAAGUUCACUUGAAACCCCCCCGAGUAAAUGUUCAUUACUUGUUGAAAGAAGAUUUAUUCAAGACAACGAACAGUGUUGUCAUGAAUUAUUCCCUUGUCAAUACUGCGAAGAGCCAAUAUGCCAUGCUAUUGAAGAGACUCAUCUUGGGUCACAUUGUAGGUUGAACUACCAAACAUGUGAUAUCUGUGAAAACGAUACCAUUCUUCAAAUGAAUAUGGCUACUCAUAAAGCCAACUGUUGUCACAUUCGAAGUUUCAAGUGUCCUGCCAAUGCAAUAGGAUGUAAAUGGAUUGGGAACAACCAAACAUCACUUGAUAUUCACAUGGAAAGUGAUUGUCCUUUGAAUAUGUUUCUCCCCAUUUAUCAGAACCUUAGCAGCAAGAUUGAGACCUUGGAGAGUGAUAAUCAAUUUUUACAACGACAAAUAAAUCGUAUACUAAACCUGGUAAUUCAAGGUAAGGUUACUAACUUGGGAUAUAGUGAUCAUAUUGAAGAGAUAAAUAAGUUUGAAACAUCAUUUGAACAAAACAAAAUGGUGCAUUUGAAUUUUGAAGUUGAAAGAAUGAAAUUCGAAUUGGAAGAAAAAGUAUUGCCAUUAAUUGAUAAACUAAGAGGUAGUCAUGAAAGAGAAAACAUGUUGAACAAUAUAAUCAGUGACAAUUUUAUGAUGAAAGAAGAUCUUAAUGUGCAAAGAAUGUACAUCAAUAGUUUAAGGAAGCAAUUGCAAUUUUUAUUAUUUGCAAGAAAUCGAAUGCUGACUCAACAACCAAUGGAAUUUGACCCUUCAGAUCAUCUAGACUAUAGUUCAUCAGAAGAAAGAUUAAAUUUGAAGCUAUAA